AUGGACGAGUCCCUGGAGAAUCUCACUGACUUCUGGGAGGAGGUGUUCAGCCCCGUCGAUCCCGACCCUUCAGCUAUGGCGCAGGUGCAGGACAACAUUUACGAGAUUGAGGGCUUUGGGAUCAUCUGCUGUAUCCUGGGCGUCUUGUACCUGGCCCUCACGAUGUUCGACAUCAAGGGCUGCCCCGCGUCUGGUUCAUUAUUCGCCAUCGUCUUCGACCCGUUUGUCCGCCUCUACCACCACCUCCUUGACCCGCAUCUUUGCCUGAUUGUAUCUUACGCCGACGAUCUUGCAAUGGGGCUUCGUGAUCUCCUCUCCCAUCUCGCGCUGCUGGUUCCUGCUCUGCAGCUGAUGGGAGCUGCUGCCGGUCUGUGCAUCCACCCCGGCAAGACUGUAAUCGUUUGGUUGGGCAGUCUCAGCCUGGAUGCAGCGCGGUCCCGCAUCGCCGCUGAAGUGGGAUAUUUUGCCUCAGCCAAGGUUUCGCUCUCUGGAGUGCUGCUCGGCGUCGCGCUGGGGGACAACGGCUGCGCGCUGAGCUGGUUGAAGCCUGCGGCCAAGUUCUGGGAGACGAUCGUCCCGCGCAUGCAAGUGAGGGGCGGCUUUUGCAAGGUCAUACAGCACCAGCAGGCCAUCAUGCAGCAGACGCAGCUGAUGGGGCAGCAGGCGAGCGCGCUUUCCGCGGCCGAGCUGGUGGACCUUAUCAAGGCGGCACGCUCUGCGGCAGUGAGGGAGGAAUGGAUUAUAGGCUGCCGGCGCCCCCACGCGGCGCCACUCCCGUGGGAGAUUCGCAGCGGAGCCGUGCCUGUGGCGAAGGUCGUUCGAGUUCGGGAGAACAACGCAGGUCUCGUUCAAAGGAACCAGUCCGAGGUGCCCCCGCGGAGGAGGACGAACGGAGCUCUCAGGCUGCUGCUUCUCGUCGCCCUGCUGCUGGUCAACGCUCUGCUGAUCCGCUUCAAGCAGAGCUCCCUUGACGACCUCUUCAAAGCAUUCAAGGAUGAGAUCUCGGCGUCUGUGGAAGCGAAGCUGGGCACGAUCAAGACAUCCAUGAUCUCGGAGAUAUCGAACCACUCCACUGGCUUGGUCAGAGCUGUGGCUGCGCGGCAGGAUGCAGUUAAUCAGCAGGUUCAGAUCCAGCUCACUGAUCUUCAAGCAAGAAGUGAUGUGUUGGAACACUCGCAGCACGAGAUGCGGAAGCAAAUGGAGGAGAUGCGGGAAGAAUUGCACUGCCAAGAGAAGGCCAUCCCGAUCAAGGACUAUGAGGACAUGCAGGUGUGGGAUCGCCAGCCAGACCCGACGGUGCUUAUUGCGAGCUUGUCGGAGAUUGCCAGCAAGGAGAAGGUCAUCGCGGAGCUCUCUGAGUGGCUCUCUGAGGGAGGUAUUUUGGAUAAUCAGUAUAAGCUCAUUGGCGACAGCCCCAGUAGGAAGUACAUCAUACAGGUGCUCGGCAAUAGUGAUGCUGCACAGCGCAAAGUUCGUGCGGCUAGACCGGCGCUCAAGCGGGAUGCUCAGAACUGGAGGCAAUUUGAAACGGAUGCAGUGCCUGGUGGACGGGCAAAAAUAUUCGUGGGGCUGGACAAAUCGGCCAGACAGAUCAGAACGGAAGUACAAACAAAGCGCCUGGCGCCCUUUGUCAAAGACCAAUUACCAAACAAGAGAAUCAAGCAUGACAGAGCCAAGGGAAUCGUGUUCAUCGACAGCAUACCGACGAUUACGGUCCAGACGGGUGACUCGUUCGAGUCCAAGAGCCGCUUGCUAUGGAACUACACUGCAGUCACGUCGCAGGGAGUGGACCAGAAGGCGCUGCAGGAUAAGUUCAAUGCUACAUUCAAUGCGGUCGAGGACUCAGUGCAAUGGUCGAUUUAA